CGGUUCUAAGGAAGUGAAUCUCAUAAAGUCAUUGCAACUGAGAGGUGAAAUGGCAGAGAACGGAGUUCAGCUGGACAGGGAAACCUUUUCUUGUCCGAUCUGUCUGAAUCUACUGACUGAUCCGGUGACUAUUCGCUGUGGACACAGCUACUGCAUGAACUGUAUUAAAAGCUUCUGGGAUGAAGAGGAUGAGAACAAAAUCCACAGCUGCCCUCGGUGUGGCCAGACCUUCACACCAAGACCUGUCCUGCUGAAAAACACCAUGUUAGCAGUUGCACUGGAGGAAAUGAGGAAGACUGGGCUUCAAGAUGCGCCUGCUGAUCAGUGCUAUACUGAACCUGAGGAUGUGGUCUGUGACUUCUGCCCAGGGAGAAAACGGAAAGCCAUCAAAUCCUGUAUGGUUUGUCUGGUGUCUUGCUGUGAGAAACACCUUCAGCCUCAUUAUGAUGUUGUCCCAUUGAAGAAACAUAAGCUGGUGAACCCCUCCAAGAAGCUCCAGGAGAACAUUUGCUCUCAUCAUGAUGAGGCGAUGACGAUGUUUUGCCGCACUGAUCAGCAGCGCAUAUGUCAUCUCUGCCCUGUGAAUGAACACAAAGACCACGACACAGUCUCAGCUGCAGCAGAAAGUGCUGAGCGGCGUGCAGAGCUCGAGGUGAGUCGACAAACAAUCCAGGAGAGAAUCCAGGACAAAGAGAAUGAUGUGAAGGAGCUUGAACAGGAGGUGGAGGCUAUCAAUAGCUCUGCUGAUAAAGCAGUGGAGGACAGUGAGAAGAUCUUCACUGAGCUGAUCCGUCUCAUGGAGGAAAGAGGCUCUGAUGUGAAGCAGCAGCUCAGAACUCGGCAGGAAACUGAAGUGACUCGAGCCAAAGAGCAUCAGGAGAAGCUGAAGGAGGAGAUCGCUGAGCUGAAGAGGAAAGACGAUGAACUAAAGCGGCUCUCACAGACAGAGGAUUACAACGAGCUUCUACACAACUAUCCCUCUCUCAGUGAAUCUACAGCCUCAUCCAGCAUCCAUAUCCGUCCUCGAAAGUACUUUGAAGAUGUGCCGACUGCUGUGUCAGAGGUCAGAGAUAAAUUACAGGAUGUUCUGAGUAAGAAAUGGGCAAACAUUUCAUGGGCAGUAUUUGAAGUGGAUGUUUUACUCUCACAACCACAGCCUAAGACCAGAGAUGACUUCUUAAAAUAUUCAUGUGAAAUCACACUGGAUUCCGACACAGCAUAUAGACACAUAGCAUUAUCCAAUGGGAACAGAAAAGCUACAAGAAUGCAACACCAAAUAUAUUAUUCUAGUCAACCAGAACGGUAUGUUUAUUACAAUCAGGUUCUGAGUACAGAGAAUCUGACUGGACGUUGUUACUGGGAGGUGGAGUGGAGUGAGGGAGUUGGUAUAGCAGUUUCAUACAAGAACAACGGCAGAGCAAACUCAGGUGAGACUGGAUUUGGAUAUGAUGACAAAUCUUGGGCAUUGUCAUGUUCUAAAAACAGUUAUGAGUUUAUAUACAACAGUAUCUGUACUCCUGUCUCAGGUCCUCGGUCCAACAAAGUUGGAGUGUACCUGGAUUAUAGUGCAGGUAUUCUGUCCUUCUACAGCAUCUCUGAAACCAUGACUGUCCUCCACAGAGUCCAUACCACAUUCACCGAGCCUCUCUAUGCGGGAAUUCGAGUUAAUUUUAAAGAGGCUGCUGAGAUCUGUAAACUCAAAUAGGCAGAAGUGGGCUAAAUUCUGUGUUUCAGUCAUUGUUACUGAGAGCUGUUUAUUGUAGCAUUUCUUCACUGCACAGAGAUAACAAACAUUAUGGGCGAGACUUUGAUUUAUUAUUUACUUAUUUGUUGCUCUGUAAAUGCUUGAGUUUCUUUAGGGGGGCACCCAAUCCUAUGUCUGUGUUUGUCAGGAUGGCUUUUGUUAAUAUGAUCAUUGAUGAGGAGAUGUAUUAUUUUCUUUUCUGCUAAUUGUGUGGAUAAAGUGAAUCUGUGCAUAUGCAUUUGUAAAACUUACUGGACAACGCCAAGAGGUCAUCCAACCAGUCAUUUGUGAUAAAGUAUGGUUCAGUAAUUAUAGCUUUAAAUAGACCAAGGCAUGCUUUCAUUUCUGUUUAACUCAUUUGAUGCAAAACAUAUAUGUAGUAUGACAGCCUUGUUGAAGAUAGCAUUGCAUUAUUGUAAUAUUUUAAAUUCUGUAUUAAUGCGGGCAUAAUGAAUAUUGUAAAAUGUGUUUGUUUUUUAUUUGUACAUCAAACGUUUAGAAACAGAUUACAGAAGUUGAAAUGUCACAAAUCUGUAAUAUAAUAUUCAAAUAACUGUCCCAAAUAACACAUGUACAUGGAUAAUACAUGAAAUAAAAGGUGA